AUGUGAAAGGAAAGGUGGGAGUGUCUGGCAGACCCGUACACAAGACUAGGUCAGGCUAAAAUUGGCCUUUUUGAGACUAACACGAGGAAGGGACAGCGGGUCUGCCUUUCUUCUCCCUCUCUCAGCACACUCAUAUCCACCAUCCAACAAGAUGCAGAAUCCUAAUGAAGACACAGAAUGGAAUGACAUCCUGCGGCAGAAGGGCAUCCUGCCACCAAAGGAACCUGAGGUGACAGAGGAGAUGCUGACAGAGAUGAUAGAGCAAACCAUCCAAGAGAAGCAGAGUGCAGAUGCCCGUCUUGGGAAACUGAAUCUUGAAGAGCUGGAUGAGCUGGAGGAUGAUGAGGAUGAGGCCAUUUUGCUGGAGUACCGCAAGAAAAGGCUGGCCGAGAUGAAGGCUGAAAUUGAGGCCAGCAAGUUUGGAGAGGUGUUGGAAAUCACUGCCCAGGAUUAUGUGGAGAAGGUGAACAAGGCUGGGCCAGGUGUGUGGGUGUUCCUGCAUCUGUACAAGCAAGGUGUUCCUCUCUGUGCCCUCAUCAACCAACACCUCCCCAGACUAGCAGCAAAGUUUGCCAAGGUGAAGUUCAUCAAGGCUAUCUCAACUACUUGCAUCCCUAAUUUCCCUGACCGCAACCUUCCUGCGAUCUUUGUCUACUUUGAGGGCCAGAUGAAGAAGCAGUUCAUUGGAGCAGCUGAGUUUGGGAAAGACAAGAUCACGCUAGAGGAACUGGAAUGGAAGCUGUCCCGGACUGGAGCCUUCACUACUGACCUUGAGAGUGACCCUCGAGGGCCUAAGGUGAAGGACGUCAUGAUGAGUUCCCUGCGUGGUGGCCGUGACAGCAGUGGUGAAGAGAGUGAUGAGAAUGACUGGUGAGGCUGUGACAGAGGGGAAAGCCCUUAGGGGGGAGGGAGGCUUGAGACCAAUAAAUAUUUGAUGCUCUUGUUGUCUUUCUCUCUUUGGAUUGUGCUUCCAUAUCCUGAUGGUAUAUGUUGUUUUGUUUACUAGAGCUAACUGACUGAGGUUGGAUAUUUGUUAUGAUGUUUGGUAUCUUUUUAACAGAGGUGUUUUAUAUUUACUUAUUGAUACUUGUGUAUGUUUUGUGUAGUUUAAUUUUUACUAAUUUUAUUUAUUUUCUGUUGCAAUGGAGAGAUCUGUUAAAGUAAUGAAGAUUCGGUGGCCUGUCUGCCAGAAUUCUAGUCCUCCAAAGGGAUAAUGUGUCAUGGGUAACUCAUCCCUGUACAUUAGCUUCUUGGAAUCUGGUUAGUAUAUGAGCCAUAUAGCUAAAGUAAAGAGGUAGAAAGUAUCACUUGGAUGAUCAUGUUACAGAAUGGCAAGUAAAAGGCAACACACACACACACACACACACACACACACACACACACACACAAAAAAAAAAAAAAAAGCCCUGUGGAAUAGCAUUGCAUUACACCUGUCUCUUUAAUUAAUUUACUCAAUCUUUCAUUCUACUGACCAAGGUCUACCUAUCCUUCCUGUGUUCAUUUUGGAAGAUAAGCCUUAAGAUACUUAGAUUAAUGGUGCUAUUGAAAGAUACUUGAGUAUUGACUCGAUUUUCCCCCUGGUGAGUGAAAGCCUCCUGUCACCUGAAGAGACUGCCUUAAUCUCUCUAUCGUGAUUACUGUUCAUUUUCAUUUUUCUAUCACACACAUUCUUCAGUGAUUAAUUCAACAAGAAUUCAGUUAGUGGUAUACUAGUUCCCACAGGAUACCACAAUAAACAUCAUGUGCCUCUCUUGAUCAGCCUUGGCAUAUGUGCAUCAGGCAGCCACCAACAGAAUGUGUCGACUAAUUUAAUAAGUCAUUGCAAAUUAACAUGCCUGAUGUGUGUUGUAUUGUGUACCUACUUUUGAUGCUUACUUUGAAUGCUUUAUUUCUUAUUUCAGUUUUGCAGUUUAUUAUAAUUUAUUUAAAAUAUUGAGAGCUUUAUAAUGAAGUUAUGCUUUAAUUCUUUCUUGCCUUUCUUAGUUUCAUUAAUUUUUGAACACUUUAUAUACAUCAACAACUUUUCUGCAUGUUUAUUUUUGUCAUGUUACCCUCAUUGAUUUGAUCUCAGGAAGUAAAACAAUUGUGCCUUCAAUAGCAGGUGGAGGCUUUUUGGGCUAGUCACUGUGGUGCGCAAAACUUGAAAAUCUAUUUUUCUUCAGAAAACAUCUUUAUAAAUUGAUGUAAAAACUUUUAAUACCAAAAUGAAAAAAAUCUAAAAAUAUUUAAUAAACUGUUUUUAUGCA